AACUACCUUCUUAUUGGUCGUGCUUGCUAAAAUGGUGGGGAUUGUAGAUGGAAUAUAUAAAGAAAGGCAUCGGUUUGAGAUAGCUAGUCGUGCAAUCGCCGUCCAAGUAUUCUUGCUUCUAUCGUAGUAGCCGACGAAAACAUGUUUCGAUUUAUGUGUUUUCUUGUGUUGAGACCUAUUCCUACUAUUCUAAAAAAAAUUCAAGAAACCGAAACCAAGCAAACCAAUAACACCAAUGUCGACGACUCCGUAGGUGAGCACAGUUUCAUGAAAUUUUGGAAAAAUCAAGAACUCUUCAAGAAGAAAUUUAUUUACCCCAACAAAAUUUGGAAAUGGCAGUUGGUUGAUGAUUCCCAAACCAAAAAGGUGAUGGCUGUUGACCCGAAUGAAGAUGACGGACUAGACGCUUUUCAUGCUGCCGAUUGCUUCAUUAACUUUUGAAGUUUAAUAUGAGAGAAAUAACACAUCACUUUCAUGAAGAUUGAUAAAUGGCAACAGUGGUACCCAUAGAAUUUCGAAUAAAGUGAUUUCUAGAAGAUAGUAAUACUUAGCUGAAAACACUGAAGUGAGGAACAAAAAGAAUGACACUUGCACGCCUCUAGUUUUUCAAGACAAAUCUAAUAUUCAUGCAGUCGCCCCUCCAAAGAAACACAGGAUUUAAGAAUAUUGUAAUAGUGAGUUCAACUUUUUACAUCUAAACUAACUCAUGUAUCAGUAAAUUCAUUAUUUUACUUCUUUUCAUUUUGUGAUUAUUGAUAAAUUAAAAUUAAAUUUUAAGACUGAAUGUGUUAUAUCCCUGAUUUCCUAAGAUAGUAAUUUUAUUUGAAAUAAAUGCAGUCC